GGUCCAGCCCAGCAUGCGGGACGGGCUUGCUCUGAUUUCCGCCUAAAUCCAAGUUUCGGGGUCUCUGUGGUUCUUUCCACUCGUCGCAAUUUUCUGUGCGCCCAUCGUUCCCGACGCCGACGCCGACCCUCCCUUGCCGCCGGCGAGGGGAGUCGUCCUUCUGGCGAGCCCCUACUCUCGUGGAGAGGCGUCACGCCUGGGGUGGAGGGAAAAUCCGUCACUGGCUUCCUCCGUUGUUGGCUGAGCUGCUCGGAUUCAAUCAAUAAAGAAGGGUGAAAGGCUACGCGAGCUCUUGCUGCUGCUGAAACAAAUUACUAAGGAUCAUGGCGAGCCUUGCCGAUUCUUUUCUAGCGGAUCUUGAUGAACUGUCAGACAAUGAAGGGUAUCCUGAAGAAGACAAUGCUGAGGCAGCUGGUAUGGAGGAUGAUGGUGAUGAUGAUAUGCCUGACCUUGAGUCCCUUAAUUACGAUGAUCUGGAUAGUGUCUCAAAGUUGCAGAAGACACAACGCUAUAAUGACAUAAUGCAAAAAGUUGAAGAUGCACUCCAGAAAGGCACUGACUUCUCCAAUCAAGGUUCCAUCCUGGAGGAGGAUCCAGAGUACCAGCUUAUCGUUGAUUGCAAUGCUUUGUCAGUAGAUAUUGAGAAUGAGAUAAUCAUAAUCCAUAAUUUCAUACGUGACAAGUAUAGGUUGAAGUUUCCUGAACUGGAGUCCCUCGUUCAUCAUCCGAUCGAUUAUGCCCGUGUUGUCAAAAAGAUUGGAAAUGAGAUGGAUUUAACACUUGUAGAUCUUGAAGGGCUUUUACCUUCUGCAAUUAUAAUGGUUGUCUCAGUGACAGCAUCAACAACAAGUGGGAAGCCUCUUUCUGAGGAAAAUUUGGAAAAAACAGUUGAAGCUUGUGACAGAGCCCUUACGCUCGAUGCUGCAAAGAAGAAAGUGCUUGAUUUUGUAGAGAGCAGAAUGGGUUACAUUGCACCGAACCUUUCUGCCAUUGUUGGCAGUGCUGUUGCCUCAAAACUGAUGGGUACUGCUGGUGGUCUGGGAGCACUUGCAAAAAUGCCUGCUUGUAAUGUUCAGUUACUUGGUGCAAAGAGGAAAAAUCUUGCUGGAUUUUCUACUGCCACAUCGCAGUUUCGAGUUGGCUAUCUUGAACAAACUGAAGUAUUUCAGAGCACACCUCCAGCUCUGAGGACUAGGGCUUGCAGGCUUAUUGCUGCAAAAUCAACUCUAGCAGCAAGAAUUGAUUCGAUUAGAGGUGAUCCAACUGGAAAAGCUGGACGGAACUUAUUAGAGGAAAUUCGUAAGAAGAUUGAGAAGUGGCAAGAACCGCCUCCUGCAAAGCUUCCAAAGCCGCUUCCCGUUCCAGACUCUGAACCUAAAAAGAAGAGAGGGGGUCGUCGGCUUCGUAAAAUGAAAGAAAGAUAUGCGCAAACUGAUAUGAUGAAGCUUGCAAACCGGAUGCAAUUUGGGAUUCCAGAGGAGAGCUCAUUAGGUGAUGGCUUGGGGGAAGGUUAUGGCAUGCUCGGACAGGCAGGAAGUGGCAAGCUGCGUGUCUCAGCUGGACAAAGCAAACUUGCUGCUAAAGUGGCCAAGAAAUUCAAGGAGAAGAGCUAUGGUAGCAGCGGUGCAACUUCAGGAUUGACAUCUAGUUUGGCAUUUACACCAGUUCAGGGAAUAGAGUUGUCAAAUCCACAGGCCCAAGGGAACCCGCUUGGAGGUGGAACUCAAAGUACCUACUUUUCCGAGACUGGUACAUUUUCAAAGAUCAGGAGGACCCAAUAGAUUUCCCCGUUGCAACCAUCUCAUCUCAUCUGCACUGCAGUUGUUGAAAUCCUUGGGUUGCAUUGUUGGAAAAAAUCCAAAAAUCCAGCUUGUGAAUUUUCCCAGUCUUGUUUUUCAACUGAUGCAAAUUCCAGAGAUUUUAUGAUACACGGUUUUUGUUUUGCUUCAGGCACCUUUUCAAUUCGGGAUGUUUGCUAACUACUAACCUGUUCAACCUGUUGCAAGUUGAGUUGGA